UUCAAAAAAAUCAACAGUUUUGCUUGUGUUUUCCCCCUUUGCCUCGGACGGUUUCCAAAGCAACUUUACCGUCAUAUCGACUUUUCAGCGCCAACACAAACAUAAGAAACCCACAGUGUUUACAAAGCUGUAUAGUGAACAUGAACUAACUCAGGCGGAAAAUGGAUUUAGAUCAUGAGUUCGAAUCUGACGAUAGUUUCUUUGAUGAUCCCAAACUAUCGAAAAAGACCAAAACUACCGAAAAAAAGUCGCUGGAAGACAUCUUCGGCUUUGCCGAUGAAAGGAAGGCGGAUAAAAGCGGGCAUAGUUCUUUAGAGAACAUCCAGAGCACAGCAACCAAAUCUAAAGUUCGCUUUGAUGUCGAUACAGCUGAGGAGGACUCAAAACGAAAAGCCCCAGACUGGCUGGGAGGGUCAGAAGAUGUAGAUUUUUCCAAAAAAUCAUCUUCCUCCCUGAAAAGCAAUCCCAAGAGCGACUUUUUCGACGACGUCCUAACUACCCCUGCCUCAAGGUCCGACAGCAAAAAGUCCUUCGAUCUCCUGGACGAUCUCUUGCCUCAGAGAGGCAGAAAAAACGAACAAGCCAAAACUUCCUCAUUCGACGAUAUUCUACGAGAGAGCAAAGCUCAGAAAUCUGGCCCUGAGUCCCUAGAAAAUCCACGGCAAAAAGCGGACAAACCUGCCGAAAAAAUGACGCCUGAGGGCUUCAGCACGAUUCUGGAACCUUCGCAAGGGCCGAGAAGAAGUAGACGCGGCUCUAACACGGGCGUAGGUGACGUUUUGGGGCUGUUUGGCCCCAGUAAAACCGAAGAAAAACGAUCGACAUCCAAAGAUGUUCCCGAUUGGCUCGGUGGAAGUUCCACAUCAGUCAAUGUGUCUGAUACCACAAUAUCUCUGCAUAAGGCUGAAUCAAAAAACCUUGAAGACCCAAGCAGGAACAUUCCUCAAAAGGAGUUUCGAGCUGAAACAUCCACAUCAAACAAUGAAGCUGCUUCAGACAUCCCUAGAAAAGCCCAAUAUUUGAAAGUUUCUUCACAAGGCGAUGAAUCCUCGAUCAACACCUUCCAAGCCAACAUUUCCAACCUGCAAACCCAAGAAUCGUUUCUUCUAGUGUCGCUUCAGCUGAAAAAGUAUGAAGAGAACCUGUCGGAAAUCAAGAGCCAGCAGCAGGAAAUCUUGAGGAAGCAGGAGAACCAGUUCGAUUUAUUUUUGAACAAGUACAUAGAGAAGCAAAAGAGCAUUGAGCAUGAAAUGCUCGCUCAGCAGGAACGGGUUAAUGACCAUAUCAGAGCUUUAUCAGGGUCUCAAAGUAACAAGUCUUCAACCACCGAAACCUCGGACAAGUUGGAAGGCGAAUCCAACACGGAGAGUGUGGAUAAAAUCAUCCAAAGCUUAAAGCAACGACACGAGGAAGAAUUCUUCCUCAUGGAAGAAUCUUAUAAGAAGCAAAUAUCCCUUUUGGAAAAAUCAUCGGCCAAAGUCGAAGAACGGUUGAGCGAAGAGAUUGAAAACUCCACCAAACUCUACCAGGAAAAAAUCGACAACUUAAAGCGCGAACACAGCGACGAACUAAAACAUUGGACAGACAGAAUGAAGAGCAUUGACCAGAAGCACCAGGAAGAUCUGGAAAACAUCAAGGAAAACCACGGCAGGAUGAUCAGGGAGGUUAAAGACGAGUUCCUCGACCAGCUGGAGAGGUUUAAAGAGCAACGAUCCCAUGAAACUGAACUGUUUGCCCAUAGCGCUGACUAUUCCCAGCUGCUUACGGCCAGUGUGGAAAAACUGCAGAAAAACGAGCAAGUUUUGGGAAACAUUCAGGAAAAAGUUGUCACCGACUAUGGAGUUCUGAGCAUUGCCAGGGAAAGAUCAAUCGAGAACAAAGAAAAAGAACUCACAGCCAUGAGAGAAGCUUUGGAAAGAUCCAGGGAACAAGCUGAGAAGGACCGCUCAACAUUGUUCGCACUUGUCCGGACUCUAGAGCAAAAGAUUUCCGAGCAAAACCACAACGCCCAAGAAGAAAGAUGGGCUUUGCAGCAGGCUGCCAGCACACUAGCCGCUCGAUCUUCAGCUUUUGAUAGGGAAACGGAGUUUAGUAGAGCCUCCAUUGAACGGGAACGCGAACAAAUCAAGACUCUGAAAGAAGCUAUGUUAGCCGAACAGGAGAAAGUGGCCCUGGAGCUAACCGAAGCCAAACUGAAACUAACAUCCGAAAGGUCCAGACUGGAAGUAUCCGCCAAACUGAUGAACAAUUAUGAAGUUGAGAAAAUGAAGACUGAAGCAGAGACGGCGAUACAAGUUGCAAAGGAGCUAACUGAUAAGCUGAAUCUGGAAAGGACCUUCGUGCAGAGGCAGAAGAUGGAACUGCAGAGCUUUAGGAACCAACUACUGGAGAAAGAGCGCGAUCUGCUGGAACGCGAAGAAACUGUCGAAGAAAUGAGCAGGUCAAUCCAGCACAAAACCAGCGAAAAUCGACGCGUAAUCCAUGAAACUAAACACCUGGAAAACAGGUACAAAGACAAGCUGCUGGAGCUCCAAGCUCAGGCCACGUCGCUUUCUAACCGCGAGAAGAAAUUGGCCGAGGAAAAGCUGCUGGUGUCCAAAGAACGACUGGGUUUGUACACAUCAAUGAAACUGCAAGCGAGUCAAAAGAAGUGCAUGCUUUGCCAAGCAGAGACCGAACAUAAACUUGGCAAAACCGAGUCUUUGCCUGUGGGUUACGGGGAACCUAACGGAACCGGAACUACCGAUCCGGACUGGAUCAGACUCAGAAUGGAUGCAAUGGAAGACGAACGCAAUAGCGAGGUAAGCAAGGAAGAUAACAGCACCAAUACAUCAAAGUUACACUAGUUUUCCUGAUGAUUGGAAAAAGUCCAUGCGAGCGCAUUCAGGUUUUUUAAGCGCCAAAUCACGUUGAUUGUUAUCGUGAAAAUCUAUGAUCAACUAACUAUUUUGUAUGUAGAAUUUUAUUUAAAAAAAUGAAACAAUUUAUUCAGGAAAAGGUGACCAGACCGAAAAAAGAACACAAUAAACUUUAUUAAACAUAUAUUUUCACAGCAGAUGUACUGUAUGUAACCUGGCAUAAUUAACAUAUAAUUCUAGAUGAGACUAAGCGGUUAACAAUAGAACUGUUCGUUCCAAGUGUGUGGUUUGUGCCAGAGCUACCUUUAAGAUGCACAUCCCACUAGAAACCGAUCAUUGUAGUUAAGUGGAUUAAUAAUAAUACAUUAAAUACAAACUUAUCACAUACGUACGGAAUUUC